GUCGGUUUUAAUUGAAUCACCACUGGCUUUUUUCUUUCGGUUUUAGCAUAGUAUGGACCUCAGUUCACUCGUUUUUUUUUUGUUUGCUUCAUCCAUUGAACACUGACUUUAAUUGAAACUUCUCUGCACGUCACCGUCAUCCCUCCGAGGGCAGCCAUUGCAUCUCCAUCACUCUUUCCACUUCAAUGCCCCGAACUUCGUUGUUUCAUUUUCAUCUUGAGGUUUCCUGAAGAUCCGAUCCGAACCUCCGUUAAUACUUGCAUCGACCAGGUAAAUCUGUAAUGUUUCCUUCCAGUGGUUCACAGAUGUUAAGCUAAAGCGAACGCAAACUGAUAGCACCAAGGAUGAAGGGAGGUUUGAAGGUUUCACAGAUCUCUCUCAUCCUUAUUGGUUUCAUAUGCAUAACUGUUCUGACGUUGGCUUUUGUCAAAAGUCCGUUUCUAUCUUCUUGGAGACCAUCUCAGAAUAAUAUCCUCCAUCCAUCACCAGUGGUAGAUCCGACACCAAAAUCUGGAGCAAAUUUUAGAAAAGGAAAUUCUUCAGUACAACCAGAUGAAGUUGUAAGCUCUGUAUCACUAGAAAGUUCUAUCGACAAAAACACUUCUUCACAGAGAAAAAACACAGAAGAGCUCAUUACUCAAAUUGCUGAGGAAGAAGAUAGUAUUGUUAGAGACACAGACACCAAAGGAGCAGAUAAGACAGAAGUUUCAGGAGGAAAAAGUAAAUCAAAUGCAGACAAAGACUUCAAUGCUUCAUUGCAUUCUGUAACCACAGAGAAUCACUCCCAAGAGCAACCUAAAGAAAAUUUGACAACUCAUUCAGAAAAGAGAGAUUGUAAUUUUGCCAAAGGUAAAUGGAUCAAGGAUGAUAGCCGCCCUUUAUAUUCUGGGAGUGCCUGUAAGCAGUGGUUGUCAUCUAUGUGGGCUUGCCGCUUGACACAACGCACAGAUUUUGAAUACGAAAAAUUACGUUGGAAGCCUAAUGAUUGCAAUAUGGAAGAGUUCACAGGCCCUAAUUUCUUUAAAAGGAUGGAGAACAAGACAUUGGCUUUCAUAGGGGAUUCCUUAGGCAGGCAGCAAUUCCAAUCAUUAAUGUGCAUGAUAACUGGCGGUGAAGAGAGACCAGAUGUCCUCAACGUAGGUCACGAGUACGGACUCGUAAAGGCCCGUGGUGCAGUACGGCCUGACGGAUGGGCCUACCGGUUUCCAAGCACUAACACCACCAUUCUUUACUACUGGUCCGCAAGUCUCUGUGACUUAACACCCAUCAACUCAUCUGACCCGGCCACCCAUUACGCCAUGCACCUGGACCGUCCGCCUGCAUUCUUGGCCCAUUUUAUUCCUAAAUUUCAUGUUCUCGUCCUGAACACAGGACACCAUUGGAACAGAGGAAAGCUGAAUGCCAACCGGUGGGUCAUGUACGUGGGGGGGAACCCCAACACGAACAGGAAGAUAGCAGACAUCGCCGGGGCCAAGAAUUUUACUAUUUACAGCAUCGUCAAGUGGGUGAACUCGCAGAUGGGUAAAUACCCGGAUCUGAAAGCAUUUUACCGGUCAAUUUCACCUAGACAUUUCUUCAAUGGGGAUUGGGAUACUGGGGGCACGUGUGACAAUACCACCCCACGCUCUUCUGAGUUGGAGGUUUUACAAGAUGAAUCUGCUGAUUCUUCUGCCGAAGGAGCGGUCAGAGGGACUCAGGUCAAACUUUUGGACAUUACGGCUGUUUCCCAGCUGAGAGACGAAGGGCACAUAUCACGAUACAGUGUGAAGGCGACAUCUGGGGUGCAGGAUUGCUUGCACUGGUGCUUGCCUGGCGUUCCUGAUACAUGGAAUGAGUUACUUUUUGCUCAAAUCUAAGGGACAGAAAAAGCUGUUGAAGAACUAUUCAGAUUUUGGGUAUAUUAAAGAUGAUCCAUUGCCAUCUGGUGGAAUAUGGGUUGUGUGUAUAUGAAAGGGAUAGAUUAGUCUUUUCUAGCAAUAAGGAUAAUAGUGUUACUGUAUUCAAGGUUUUUUUAGUGUACAUUUUUUCCAGAUCAAUUUAUUCUUGUCCAGUGAUGAAGAGUUGCAAAUGAUUACUUCUAGCUGAAGACCACCAUCCUGUUUGGAAUACCCCAAUCCAUAACAAGAAAAGGUAAUGUUUCAUUUUUGGGGCAAUUUUAUCCCUAAAAAGUAGUUCAAGUUUAUCAAACGGAGCUAUUCAUUUUGUCAUGAAGUUACUUAGUUACAUGUGA